AUGUCAGCUCCUACACGUAAUGACGAAGAGGCCGUUAACGUCGACGCCUCUCGACCAAUGCAAAACAGCGAGGACUCCAUACGAGAAUCUCAGCCGUUCAUCGAUUCGCAACCAAAAUCCGGCCCCUUUAGCCAGUUGACCGCCUCGUUUGGUAGAGCAUCAGCGGCCGACGAGGAUUUCUCUCGUGACCUCAUAACGAAAGCUUACAACCGUUACCAUCGCAUAAUUUUCGCACACGAGUAUGGCGACGACUACUCCGAGAUAGACGAAUCGUCCACGAGUGCGACGUCGCAGCAGGGAAAGGCUGCGACCAAUUCUCGUGCGACGGUGGUGGUGAUAGAGAGAAUCGACGUGCAAAUAGCGCGGCCAGGAGAACAGCUGGAUGUAGGGGUGGAUGAGAGCUACACUCUCUCGCUUGGAGGGCGGGGAGAGCCAGGGACUGCUGUAAUUCAGGCAAAAACUUCCUUUGGUGCCCUCAGAGCGUUUGAGACGCUCAGCCAGCUAUGCCGCUACCACCACCCGUCUCGGCUCGUGACCAUCUAUGGUGUACCUCUGACAGUGGACGAUGCUCCCCGUUUCCACCACCGCGGGCUGUUGAUCGACACGGCACGCCAUUUCCUCCCCGUGGUGGAGAUAGAGAGAGUGCUUGACGCCAUGUCAUAUGCCAAACUCAACGUGCUCCACUGGCACCUGGUGGACGCUCAGUCCUUCCCCAUUGAGACGCCCUCCUUCCCUCGCCUCUGGGAGGGAGCUUUUUCCCAGGCGGAGCGAUACACACUCAGGGACGCCAAACACAUCGUCAGAUAUGCAGCAGCACGUGGAAUCGUAGUCAUCCCUGAGAUUGACACUCCCGCCCAUGCCACGUCAUGGGGAGUGGGCUACCCCGUGCUCUACCCCAGCCCCACCUGCAAGGAGCCUCUGGAUGUCUCUAACGAGUUCACUUUUGAAUUGAUCAAGGGCGUGCUCACAGCAUUUCAGAAGUCUGUUCUUUCUGAGCCGUCUCUCACGCAUGCCCUCCAUAGGAUGAAUCAGCAGGGAAUGCAGCCAAGGGAUGCCGUCCGCUACUUCUCCAACCGAGUCCGAUCCAUUGCCUUGGAGCUCGGAUGGGAGAAGACUAUAGUAUGGGAGGAAUCCUACCAGGGAUUCGCUGAAGACCUCAACAAGACGACCACCAUUCUUCAAAACUGGUUGAACGUUGACAUUCUUGGAAGCAUGGCUCGUGACAACUUUCAAAUCAUCUACAGCAAUGUGUAUGGCGGAUGGUACCUCGACUCUAUGGACGUGGAUUGGAACAGAGUGUACAGUACAGACCCGACACAACACCUUGUAGUGGAUGGCUCUGUACCGGAGCAUUUAUUGGAAGGGGGCGAGGUGUGCAUGUGGGGCGAGAAGGUGGAUUCAUCUGACUUCAUGCCCACCAUCUGGCCUCGAGCUGCCGCUGCUGCGGAACGCCUCUGGAGCACCAAGACAUAUGCCGAUGCGGCUCUAGCAAGUGGAGAAGCAGAGCAACGACUUCACGUGUUCCGGUGCUUGCUGAACAGAAGGGGGGUUGAGGCUGCGCCUGUGAGCAAUGCAGUUCCCCGUUCCAAUCCCGAAAACCCCGGGGGCUGCCUAGAUCAAUAG